CUGGGUAAAUACUAGUGGAGAUUAAUUAAAAAACGAUUUGGAGAUAUUGGAAAUGUGAACAAUAGAAAACGCUGAAAACACUCUGCAGGCCACACAACAUACGUGCAGGAGAUACAAAAACCAGUCAGAAUUGGGAGAUAUAUUUCUGGCUGAUAUAUUAAUGUGGGCAUUUACAGAGAGGAAAAGGGCACGGAAAACUGAAGUGCAAAUAAAGAGCUGUGGGAAGUGGCCAGCUGAUCAAGCACUUUCAAUAGAGAGAUAAAAGCUAACAGUACAGGUGGAAGGUACUCCACAGGAAUAGCGAAUUAGCUGAACCCGUGCAGUUUGAAGUUGAUUCACCAACGGCGACUUGUGCAGUUUAAAUUGGGAGGAUAAGAUGUUUCCACGGCGCAGUUCUUUGAUUACAGUGGUCUCCAGAGCGGAGGCUUCGGCUGGGGCCACAUCGAUGUGGGCUUCAUGUUGUGGUUUAAUAAAUGAAGUAAUGGGUACUGGAACUGUGCGCGGCCAGCAGCCUGCAUUCGGUGGAGGUGCAGGUCCAUUCAGAUUUGCCCACAGCACGGGGUAUUCCUCAUACCCAUCCCCAUCGACUGAAGUUCCAGAUCUAGUCUGUGAAGAUUGUGGUCAGACAUUUACUCGUUAUAGGAAGAAGUAUACAUGUAAGGAUUGCAAGAGGAAUUUCUGUAUACUUUGUUCAGUGAUGCAAGAAAAUCUACGGAGAUGUUGUACGUGUGAAUUACUACAACGAACUUCUUUUCAACAUGAUGAGCUUAUGAAAUUAAAGGUGAAAGAUCUACGUCAGUACCUUAACUUGAGAAACAUACCCAUAGACACUUGUUGCGAGAAGGAGGAUUUGGUGCAGCUUGUAUUGAGCCACCAUAGAUCAGGUGCUGAUGGUGUAGACACAGAGAGUGUACACUCGCAGAGAUCACAGGGUUCACAAUUUUAUACUGCCACUACUACUACCACCUCAGCCUCUGCAGCACCACCUUCUCAGGGGAUUUCAUCCAGUCAAAGACCAAGCUCAGGGACAUCAAGGGUACACCAGGGGAGAGAAGAAGCAUCAUUUCAAAUGGAUAGAAGAUCUGAAGCAGAACAAAAUCAGGCAUAUAGGACAAGUGAUGACAAUCAACCUAAAAAUACACGAGUCUCACUGUCAGAUCUAUCCAGUACUGAUGAGGUUGAAGCAUUGACAGUUCGUCAGCUGAAGGAAAUACUGGCUCGCAACUUUGUCAGUUAUUCGGGCUGUUGUGAAAAAUGGGAAUUGGUGGAAAGAGUGAUCAGGUUAUUCAGAGAAAUGGAAGAAAAUCGCAAAUAUUUGGAAGAUGGAAAUAAUCAAGCUGAAGCUACCGUUGAAGAAAAGAUGCAACUAGGGAGUGAUGAGAAUCUCUGCAGGAUCUGUAUGGAUGCCGUGAUAGACUGUGUUCUGCUGGAGUGUGGUCACAUGGUUACCUGCACUAAAUGUGGAAAACGCAUGAAUGAAUGCCCUAUCUGUCGACAGUAUGUUGUGCGGGCAGUGCACGUUUUUAAGUCUUAAUUUUGGUGGUGUUUGAUGGAAAGAAGAUUGAAAUUAAAGUUUUCUUGUUAAGAUACAUUAAAUUCACCAAGAACAUUAUUCUUGACUGUAUUAAUGACAAUAAUUUUGGCUAUGUUAAAUGGUGUAGAAGAAUAGAAUCUUUCAAUUUACUAACAUUUAUCAUUGCUUAUUUCUAAAGCCUUAAAUCAGCGUAAAAAACAAACACAACAUAUGUUAAGAUGCAAAAAAAAUGCAAAUAACUUAAGCCUAUUUAAAGUUACUUGGAGCCAGACUAAAUCAAGAAUAUGCUGGAAAAAAAGUGCAAAGUCUAUUUUAAACUUUUCCUAUCACUUUUAUAAGUCUCAUGAAACUUUUAACAUUUAGUGGAUUAUCAUGUGGUGUGGAGUACUGGUAAGCUGUUACUAACUGAGUGUGUGUGCUGGAUAUGAAUUGAGUAUUUUGUAGUGCCCAGCCUGUCUACAACGAAGUUUGAAUAGAAGGGAGAUUGAGCAAUCUUGUGUCAUUGCCUGCCAACUGCCUUGUUAUAGUUUUUUUCAUUUUGCUUUGUAUAUUUUGUAUGUUUUUGAAAUUCAUGUAUGCAAUUUGACUAAUAAAGAACUUAAUUUAA